AUGCCUGUCCCUACAAUAGCCGAACCAGCUGCUACCGCAACACCAAAACCUCAAGGUCAACCUGCUCAAAAGAGUAUGACAAAAGCUGAAAGAAGAGAAUUACAAGAGAAACAAAGAGCAGCUAAAGCAGCCCUAAAAGGACAACCCACACAACAAAAAGAGUCUUCACAAGGUAAACAAGGGGGAUCAAGUAUAGCAGGACAGACGAAAGCAAAGGCUCCUUCAACUCCAUCCAAGAAAUCCUUCACUGGUGAUAUCCAAGGCAGCAAAGCAUCCACAUCCAAAGAUCUUUCUGGAGCGCCCGGGGAAGAUAUGCCACCCAAGCAAUUGUCUCAUGGGUUGCGUAUAUUCUCUCACUUUGGGCAACCUAAGCCAGUUGGACAUACUGUGAAGGGUGACAUACACCCUGCCAUCAUUCGCCUAGGGCUCCUUUACUCCGAUUUCAAAAUAUGUGGGGCAAACGCGAGAUGUAUUGCUAUGCUUACCGCCUUCAAACAAGUUAUCCAAGAUUAUACAACGCCAUCUCAUAGCACCCUAUCCCGUCAUCUCAUGACGCAUCUUUCACCUCAAAUUACUCACCUGGUAUCUGCACGACCGAUGUCAGUGACGAUGGGCAAUGCAAUUAGAGAACUGAAAUUGGAGAUUAGUGGGAUUGAUAUAGAUGUAAUUGAACAAGAUGCAAAGGAACUUCUAUAUACUAAGAUUGACAAUUAUAUCAGAGACCGAAUAAUUAUCGCCGAUGAAGUCAUCCAAGAAUUGGCGGGGAAAAAAAUUAAAGACGGGGAUGUUAUUCUCACUUACGCCAAAUCAUCAGUUGUUGAAAAGGUGCUAUUAGAAGCCCAGGAAGAAGGGAAAAAGUUCUCCGUCAUCGUUGUAGAUUCAAAGCCGUUACUUGAAGGCAAAGUCUUGCUGCGGUCUCUCACCAGCGGACCAAACCCCAUACCUUGCACAUACGCAUUGCUUCCUGCACUUCCUUCGUUAUUGACACAAGUGACCAUGGUACUCGUUGGUGCCCACGCCCUCUUCUCAAAUGGAGCAGUUUACUCUCGAGCGGGUACUGCGAUGAUUGCAAUGAUGGCCAAAACGAAUAGUGUCCCAGUAGUCGUAUGUUGCGAGACAUACAAAUUUAGUGACGGUGUUAUGGUGGACGGUUUUACAAGAAAUGAGUUGGCGCCACUUUCUGUAACCCAAAAAAUCACAAAAUUACAAGAUGUCAAGCCGACGUUAAAUUUGGACAAUCUAAAUCCUCUUUACGAUCUAACACCUCCAACAUACAUUACUGCAGUGGUCACUGAAGUUGGACUUAUACCACCCAGCAGUAUUAGUUCGAUACCUUUGGCUCUAGGAAAGGCUUCGCUAUGA